AUGGCUACGAUUCGAAUUGCAGAUGAAAUUCAUCCAAUAAGAACGAAUGAUGGGACGAGCAGUGCUUUAGCUGGUGGUGUUUACCCCAUCAGAAACCCUUCUCUGGUCGACCUUCGGGCCACCAGAAGUCGCUCCGUGGAGCGACGAGGUGUUAGACUCAAUGACAAUGUACAUGAUGACGGGGGGUUGCGUCAAGAGGGAGAUUUCAAGAAGAAACAGGUCUUCAAGGGCAAAUACCUCUUGUGGCUAGCUUACCAGAGCAUUGGAGUGAUAUAUGGUGACAUCGGAACCAGUCCUCUUUAUGUGUACUCUUCUACUUUCACCUCCGAACCGUCCUAUCAGGACCUCGUUGGUGUGCUUUCGGUGAUAAUAUGGUCUCUCACUAUGAUGGUGACGGUCAAAUAUGUCCUCAUCAUAUUAUACGCCGAUAACGAGGGCGAAGGAGGGACAUUCAGCACCUAUUCGCUACUCUCGAGAUUCGCAAACAUCACGAAACGAGAUCCGCGCGAAGCCUCCCUCAUAAAGAUGGAACGAUAUCUUACUGGCGAUAUUGAAGGUGCCAAUCUCAGGGUCCGUUCGCGUAUCGAGAAGAGUAAGCUGGCGCGAGGUCUGUUGAAGACAAUCGGUGUUCUGGCUGUAUCUAUGGUCAUGUCCGAUGGGGUCUUGACUCCCGCCCAGUCUGUACUGGGUGCAGUCCAAGGUCUCAGCGUCGUGAAACCCGAUAUCGAGAAGUCGACAAUCGUUGGGACUACCUGCGGCAUCCUAAUCCUCCUCUUCCUCAUACAACCUUUUGGUACAACAAAGCUUGCAUCAUCGUUCGCACCAAUCGUCAUUGUCUGGCUAGGUUUCAACGCUGGCUUUGGAAUCUACAAUCUUGUCAAUUUCGAUCACUCUGUUCUGAAAGCUUUCUCCCCAGGUUAUGCCUUUGACUUCUUAGUGAGGAAUGGCCAUGGUGGUUGGAGAAUGCUGGGAGGUAUCUUACUAGCUUUUACUGGAGUCGAGGCUCUAUUUGCCGAUCUGGGAGCUUUCAGCAGAAGGGCCAUACAAAUCUCUUGGCUCGCAUAUGCGUUCCCUUGUCUUCUCCUGGGGUAUGUUGGCCAGGCAGCAUACAUCAGUAAAAAUGAAGGAGCGUACACGAACCCGUUCUUCAAUGCUGCUCCUCCUGGUAUGCUCUAUCCGAGUUUGGUCAUCGCCAUUUUGGCUGCCAUUGUUGCAAGCCAGGCAAUCAUCACCGCGACUUUCCAGCUUCUUGCCCAAGUGAUGAAACUCAGUUACUUCCCCCAAAUCAAAGUCGUGCACACUUCAAAGAUUUUUCACGGUCAAGUCUACAUCCCUUUGAUUAACUGGCUCCUCAUGAUCGGAACUGUCCUUGCUGCAGGAAUUUACAACAACACCACAUCUCUUGGUAAUGCUUACGGGGUCUGUGUCAUGUUUGUCACCUUCUUCGACUCUUGUAUGGUUUCCCUCGCCGCACUAAUCGUCUGGCGUCUACCAUACUAUGUUGUCUUUCUACCAUGGCUCGUGUUCGCCUGUUUAGAUGGCGUCUACCUAUCUGCAUCUCUCGUAAAAGUUCCAGACGGAGCCUGGUUCACAUUGCUACUCUCUGGAGUCAUUACCUGCUUUCUGAUUCUCUGGCGAUUUGGGAAGGAACAGCAGUGGUGCUCCGAGGCUGAAGAUCGCGUCGCGACUACACAUCUUGUCGAGAAGGGAGACGAUGGAGCAAUUAAACUUACGCAGUUGUACGGCGGUGAUGACUUGAGCUCCAUCAAAGGCUUUGGUAUUUUCUUCGACAAAGCUGGAGAGACUACCCCAGCGGUAUUUACCCAGUUCUUGAGCAAGCUCGUUGCUGCCCCUGAGAUCAUGGUAUUCUUCCAUCUUCGUCCUCUCGAAACACCCUCCAUAGCUCCAGAAGAUCGUUACACCGUAACCCGCGUCGCCAUCCCGAACUGCUACCGCCUCGUCGUCCGCCACGGCUACAUGGAUGAAGUGAUCACCCCCGACCUUGCCUCCCUUGUCUGCGAACAAGUCCGCAACUUUAUUGUCUGCCAAGGUGACUCUCUCAAAUCGACUCCCUCGACGUCUAUCCAGACACAAGAUGUAGCUUUCACACCUCUUCCGAGAAAUGAUGAGAAGCGACAUGAGAUGAAGUCUCUUGCAACCGAUGAGACGAUCGCAAAAGACUUGGCGAAAUUGCAACAUGCUUUCGAUAGACAGGUUUUGUACAUCAUUGGAAAGGAGCAGAUGAGAGUUAAGAGUGGUACGGGCUGGUGGAGGAAGGCUAUGUUACAUGCAUUUUUGUGGCUCAGGGAUAAUACUCGUACGAAGAUCGCGAACUUGAGGGUUCAGCCUGAUCGGGUUAUUGAGGUGGGCUUUGUUAAGGAGGUCUAG